UGCUCUGUGUGUGUGUGUGUGUGCGUGUGAGUAUGUGUGUGUGUUAGUACACAAGCAGGGAGCAAGCCAGUAAGCCUAGCAGCGUUCCUUCCCUCUCCCUCGUCCUCUAACCCGCACUUGCCAAGAUCGGCCCCGCUUAAUGCUUUUGUGAGAAGAAUUCAGCCCCCCGAUCAGAAGAGCAAAAAGGAACGCUGCAUGCUGUUUGGUAGCUGCGCUGAAAGGGAAGAAAAAGGCGAGCGUUUGUCCUUGAAACUGCACCAGAACUCUUGGAAGAAGCCAGGAACCAGCGCUCCUUUGCAGAAUGUCAAGCAAGGACCGCCACAUUGAGUCCAACUGCCCCUCCUACAUCAAGACGGAACCCUCCAGCCCCGCCUCCCUCGCCGACAGCAUCAACCACCACAGCCCCGGCGGCUCGUCGGAUGCCAGCGGCAGCUACAGCUCCACCAUGAACGGGCACCAGAACGGGCUGGACUCCCCAACGCUCUACGGCCCCGCGGCGGGGCUGGGCCCCAACGGCGCCGCCUCCAAGCGCUACGAGGACUGCUCCAGCACCAUCGGCGAGGACUCGCAGAUCAAGUGCGAGUACAUGCUCAACUCCAUGCCCAAGCGCCUGUGCCUCGUCUGCGGGGACAUCGCCUCUGGCUACCACUAUGGCGUGGCCUCCUGUGAAGCCUGCAAGGCCUUCUUCAAGAGGACCAUCCAAGGAAACAUAGAGUACAGCUGCCCGGCCACCAACGAGUGCGAGAUCACCAAGCGCCGCCGCAAGUCCUGCCAGGCCUGCCGCUUCAUGAAGUGUCUAACCGUGGGCAUGAUGCGAGAAGGGGUGCGCCUUGACAGAGUGCGUGGAGGCAGACAGAAGUACAAGCGCCGGAUAGACGCAGAGAACAGCCCGUACUUGAACCCACAGCUGGCCCUGCCUCCCAAAAAGCCAUUCCCCUCUGGCUGCUUUGCAGAUAACAAGGUCGUGUCCCACUUGCUGGUGGCAGAGCCAGAGAAGAUCUACGCCAUGCCCGACCCCACUGUCCCCGACAGUGACAUCAAAGCCCUCACCACGCUCUGCGACCUCGCCGACCGCGAGCUGGUGGUCAACAUCGGCUGGGCCAAACACAUCCCAGGAUUCUCCACGCUCUCGCUGGCAGACCAGAUGAGUCUACUGCAGAGCGCAUGGAUGGAGAUCCUAAUCCUCCGCGUGGUGUAUCGCUCGCUGUCCUUCGAAGACAAGCUGGUCUACGCCGAAGACUACAUCAUGGACGAGGACCAGUCCAAACUGGCCGGCCUGCUGGACCUCAACAAUGCCAUCCUGCAGCUGGUAAAGAAAUACAAGAGCAUGAAGCUGGAGAAAGAGGAGUUCGUCACCCUCAAAGCAAUUGCGCUCGCUAAUUCAGACUCCAUGCACAUAGAGGAUGUGGAGGCGGUGCAGAAGCUGCAGGACGUGCUGCACGAGGCCCUGCAGGACUACGAGGCGGGGCAGCACGCGGAGGACCCGCGCCGGGCGGGCAAGCUGAUCAUGACCCUGCCGCUCCUCCGGCAGACCUCCACCAAGGCCGUGCAGCACUUCUACAGCAUCAAGCAGGACGGCAAGGUGCCCAUGCACAAACUCUUUCUGGAGCUGCUGGAGGCCAAGGUGUGACUCCACCUGCCCCCGUCCCUCCUCCCCGCGCCACGCCUCCUCCUCCUCCUCGACCGUGAGAGUGGGAGGAUCUGACCCCCUCGCUCCGCCCCCCACCC